GCCGCGUGAACCUUUACUCAUAGAAAACGAAGGAGUAAACAACGAAAGUCAGAUUUCAUGUUUUACAGCUGGAUGUCAAUUGAUAAUUCAGGCCUUUUGCUGUAUCAUUUGGGUUAUUUAUUUUCCUGUAUAUUGGAUUAUAUCCAGUAUGAAGCGUUUGUUAGUCAUUGGCGUCAGGACAAUCUACGAAUGGGGAUCGAAACCUAUCAAAGCGAUAUGCGAAGGAAUAAGAAAUUGCAAUUGUCGCAUAUGUUUGACGACACCGCCGAAAUUACGAUUCGACCCUUUAACAUGCCUUAAGCGACUUUUUCUGUUGUUGAUCAUACCUCGCAUUAUGGCAACUGUUGUAUUUGCAAUUUACGACUGGCGUUGCAUAAUUUUCAUGGAGAAGCCGGCUCAGAAUUGUACAUUAGAUCGUGUGCUUGGAUUAGGUGAUGCUGUGUCGUGGAUUGAAACAUGGCUUUCCCUAUCUAUCGUAUCAUCACUAAUACUUAUCAUAGUAUUUAUAUGCGAUGAUGAUUUCACAUUCAUCAAAGAAAAGUGGAAAAAUAUUUGUAAAAAAGGCUCUUUUUUUUCUUUGCUUUUCCUAAUGGUACUGACAUCAGUGUUUUACAUAAUACGCUUAGCUUCUGGGAAGAAAGUUUUAAUGUCUUUACUUUUUGUUCUUUGGGUUCCAACUAUCACAGUACUCAUCUGUGUUGUAAACUUUGUACCUCAGGUUUUGCCACAAGCCAAUGAAGGAGGUGGAGCAGGGAAAACAGGUGAAGUGAAUGGAAGAGGUGGAGCAGGGGAAGCAGGUGAAGUGAAUGAAAGAGAUGGCGCAGGGGAAGCAGGUGAAGUGAAUGAAAGAGGUGGCGCAGGGGAAGCACGUGAAGUGAAUGGAGGUGGUGGAGCAGGGAAAACGAGUGAAGUGAAUGAAAGAGGUGGAGCAGGAAGAGGUGGAAAUGGAGGGUGGACAGGGAAAAGGGAAGUGAAUGAAAGAGGUGGAGCAGGGAAGGAGGAAGAAUAA